GGAGUCUUCCUGCUUAUCGAAGGAGGAACCUACUACACCUUGAACUUCACAGCUGCCAGAGAUGCCUGUCUUUCACUAAAUGUUACCAUGGCGACGGAAAUUCAGAUAUCAAAAGCGAUCCAAUAUGGACUGGAAACAUGCAAAUAUGGCUGGAUAGCUGAACAGACUGCAGUCGUCCCACGAAUUUCCCCUGAACAAACCUGUGGCCAGGGCAAAACUGGGUUAGUGACAUGGAAGGCAUCAGCAGAUAAAAAGUUUGGCGUCUUCUGCUUCAAUGCAUCCGCAUUAACAGAUUUGGAGACAACAGCCAGCCCACAAUCCCCCACAUCUCCAACUCCACUGACAACUCAAACCACACAUUUGGUCACAUCAACAACAAAGUCCAUGUCCUCAACAAAAAAGUCAAUAACAGGAAAAUCUCGGCCAACACUUCAGCCCACACCCUCAACUUCAGCUUCUGAUGUGCUUGUUAAGACAUCGCGGUCAGCUAGGAUUUCUUCCUCUGCCACCCCUUCUUUUAAAACGUUCUCAACCCAUAUUCCUGUUUCCUUGCCUCCCCUAACCACCACGAACUCCCCUGCUGUCACUUUGACCUUUUCUGCUUCCACUCAUGCCUUCAAUUUCCCAGCUUCCUCUGAGUCGGCGCUGCCACAGACUGAGAGCUCCACAAAACCAUCUCUAGGAGCUUUACAUGUAACACUUAUUGUUCUUGGCAUCAUUCUUCUGCUCCUGACAGCAGCAAGCGCUAUGUGGUACUUUCAAGUGAAUGUUUUCGGGUGCUUGUCUCACUGGCAGCAGAUGGAUAACAUUGAGACAGAGAUGUGGAAUUUUACUGAUAAUGAUAUGAACCGACUCGGCCAGUAUGGACCGCAAGGGGAUGAUGAUGAUGACGACGACGAAGAAGAAUCAGACCAGAAGUACUCCAGUGAUAUCACUCUCCUGUUGCAGGACUCUUCUGGCUACAGACAACUGACUCUGGCUCAAUGUUUAGACUUGCUGUCAUAUACACAUGAAUGAAGGUGGAAGCCAACAGAUGCUUCGCUCCUGGUGGUGGAGAAAAAACAGUACAAAUAUGUAACUGACAUACACCAUAUUGUAAAAUAAUAUUGAAAAUAUACAAUAAUAAUAGUGUGACCUGUAUUUCUGUAUUACAGACAACAGAUACUAACAAACAAGCUUUCAAAGUAAUACUAUUAUUACUUUUAUUAUGAAAAUAAAUUGUGCUAAUGUUAUUUACAAGUGUCUUCUACCCCCCCACCCACAAACACACACAUACACACACAUACACAUAUGCAUAUCUAGAUUUAGCACAAAAAGUCAGGUAAUUUGUG